GUUGGAAAAUGUUGAGAAAUAGCCUGGUGAAGCAUGAAAGUUAUACAAAGCCUCAGACGCCUGGUUCGUGGAUAAAGAUAAAAGAACGAGUAGUAAAAUUUUAUCAACCAUUAGUUUUAAAAAAAUUAAAGGAAGAAGGGAUGAUAUCUAUCUCUCAGAUAUACAGAUAUACUUGGUGAUGUUUGGAAGGUUGGAAGUGGCAAAAUCGCGGUCUACGGCCGUAUGACUGCUACUGCCAAAAAUUCCACAUUAGUUGAAAUUUCGGUGGUAGUUACUGAAUCACACAAUAACGCUCAUGACGUCCAGUAAAGAAAAAGAUUCACAGCAGCCUAGCCAGGAAAUCCUGGCAAUCAUACAUGAAGGCUCUCGAGCAUUUUCACUCCAUGACUACGAAAACGCAACAGACAAGUUUGGUCAAGCUUGUGAACUGCUGUAAGUACAUACAACCUCACUUUCGGUUUUAACGCGAAGCAAAACGCUAAUCCUAUCUGAAGUGAUAAUCAAUUUGGAGAACUAGCGCCACAA